AUGCCGUACCUUGUGCACCAGCACCAGAAGUUUUGGAAACAGACAGRUCCUGCAGUUUCAGGAGUAAGGCUUUGUCAGUUUUCUGUCUCUUCUCUGAGUAUCGAAGCCAACAUGGGUUACAGGACGGUAGUGAUGUACACUGAGAUCGGCUGCUUUGUGGUGUGUGUAGCCGGAUGGAUCCUUGUUUGUUCCACAAUGCCGACCGAGAUCUGGACUUGGUCUGAAGUUGGCACUUUAGUCCUGACAACGGCAAACUACUUCUCCAACCUGUGGAAGGACUGCAUUUCUGAUUCCACGGGGGUAUCGGACUGCAAAGGGAUCCCAUCGUUGCUUGCACUGAACUGGGACAUCCACAUGUGCCGGGCUCUCAUCAUUACCUGCAUUAUCCUGGCUUUCUUUGGGUCGAUUCUGAUAUUAGUGGGAAUGAAAUGCACUAAGAUCGGUGGCUCUGAGAUUACUAAAGCAAAAGUGACCUUUGCUGCAGGGAUGAUCUACCUAAUAGGAGGGAUGUGCUCCAUGGUUGCUUUUUCUUAUUAUGGGAACAAAAUUAGAGCAGAGUUUCAAGACCCUACCUACGUAGAAAAGAAAUCUGAAAUAGGCGUUGGAGUUUUCGUCGGAUGGGGUGGUUCUACUUUAUUGGUUGUCGGAGGCCUGAUUUGCAGCAUCUUAGCAGGGAGGGAAGCUUGCAGUUCACGCCCAGAGAGCUACCCAGCCUACCAGGUCCCUGGUUACACCUUUGUCCCAUCACGAAAAAGCUACGUGUCAGCUCGCACCGAAAUCACAGAGAGCAGGAAGUCGAAGGCCUCCAGUGAAAGCAGAGCCAGCAGCAUCUCUGCGAUCUCCAGCACCACCAGGAUGACAGACGUCCAAUCUUAUGUAUGAUUCGUUGUCAACAGGGGAAAAUAAAUUUCUAUUAGUUGACUUUGUUGUUACAGUAAAAUUUAUGAAGAGCUGCAACAAUGUCCUCUGUUUAUUUUCUAUUUUAUUUUUUCAGUUCAUA